AUCUACGCCGACCCUGCCAAAAGGCUGGAGCUGUAUUUCCGCCCCAAGGACCCCUACUGCCACCCCGUGUGUGCCAACCGCUUCCCCACCUCCACCAUGCUGCUCAGGGUCACCAGGAGGAGCAGGAAGAAGCAGCAGUUGGACCCCGAGGAGCAAAUCCAGCCAGAAGUGCAGUUUGAGAUGGAGAUUCUUGGGAUUGUCACCACUGUUUACAAAUUUCAAGGAAUGUCUGACUUCCAGUACCUGGCAAUGCACUCUGGCCCUGAUGGCAAACAAACCUCCAUGUAUGACAAAGUCCUGAUGCUCAAACCAGAGAAGGAAGAGUUUUUCAAUAAAGAUUUACCUCUUUACAUCCCACCACCCAUUUUCUCACGUCUGGACACUCCUGUGGACUAUUUUUAUCGCCCAGAUAUACAGCACAGGGAGGGCUACAACAAUCCCCAGGUGUCUGGUGAGAACCUGAUUGGCCUCAGCAGGGCCCGGCGCCCACACAACGCCAUCUUUGUCAACUUUGAUGAUGAGGAAAUCCCAACUAAGCCCCUGGAUGCUGCUGUGCAGAACUGGAAGAAAGUGUGCACCAAUCCUGUGGAUAAAAAGGUGGAGGAAGAGCUGAGAAAGCUCUUUGAGGUGCGUCCCGUGUGGUCUCGCAAUGCAGUCAAAGCCAACAUCAGUGUCCAUCCAGACAAGCUGAAGGUGCUGCUGCCUUAUUUGGCCUAUUACAUGUUAACAGGUCCUUGGAGAAGCUUGUGGGUUAGGUUUGGGUAUGACCCCAGGAAACACCCUGAAGCAAAGAUUUAUCAAGUGCUGGACUUCCGAAUUCGCUGUGGAAUGAAAUAUGGUUAUGCUGCUACUGACAUGCCUGUGAAAGCAAAACGCAGCACGUACAACUACAGCCUGCCCAUCACUGUCAAGAAACAAGGAAGUCACACAGUCAGUGUCCACGACCUGAAACAGGGGCUGGGUUCAGCUGGUACAUCUGGGGCAAAGAAGCCCCCCUCCAGCAGGUAUAAGCUGAAGGAAUCCGUCUACAUUUUCCGGGAAGGAGCCUUACCCCCUUACCGCCAGAUGUUCUACCAGCUCUGUGACUUAAAUGUGGAAAGCCUGCAGAAGAUCAUCCAUCGGAAUGACGGCACCGAGUCGGAGUGCACGGAGCGGGACGGGUGGUGCCUUGCCAAGACCAGUGAUGACCUCAGGGACAGCAUGUCCCUGAUGAUAAAGCAGAUCAUCAGAUCCACCAGACCUGCUCUUUUCUCAAAUACAACAAGCAGUGAAGAUGGCAAAGAGCAGCUGGCAUACGAGUCUGGAGAGGAUGAGGAUGAUGAAGAGGAGGAGGAAGAGGAAUUCAAGCCUUCUGAUGGGAGUGAAAAUGAAAUGGAGACAGAAAUUCUGGACUAUGUGUGAACUCAAUGAGCAGUAUGGCUGCUGUGCACAGAACUGUCUCUGCUCUUGCUCCUUGAGAUUCAAGGGUUCAGCAGCAGGAUCUAGGAAAAGCAGAGCUUGUACUAAGCUGAUGAUGUUCUCUCUGGUGGUGGGCAGCAUUCUGGGUGUUUGGGAGCCACUGCUGCAUUUUCAGAAUUGCUGGCUGAGAAACCCUCCAGCAAGCUCAACAAACUCCCAAGAGCGAGCCCAGAAUCCAAACCAGCUGGAAACACACCUAAACAUGGGAGAAGCUGCAUUCCCAGAUCUCUCCAUGUGUGGGAGUGCACUCUCUCCAGGUUGGUGGCCAUGUGGAAGAUAGAAGAGGUGCCUGAGGAGAUGCUGGGAGAAGAAACAGUUCAGUGCUCCUGGAGUCCCUAAGGCAGGUUCUGCCCUUCUGCUUGUCCAGAGGAGUGAAAAUACUGAGCCAUGCCUUCAGCACUGAACCUUGCUGGUCAUCUUGGAAAUAAAGCCAGCAGGAAAAUACAUUUUCUGGCAGUGAAUAAUUCCCUUCCUGGGGUGCAGUGUUUGUUGUCCUCAUUACCUGAUUUACUUCUCAGGUCUGUUUUGACUUCCCCAGCUAGCAGGUAAUAAAGAUUGAAGGCAGCUGGCAGAGGGGCAGAGCUUCAGGUGCACAGAAGUUGGCCACUGCCAGCUGCGUUGCUCCCACCACAAAAAAAGCCCCAAAAAUUAAAGAGCUACUGGGGUUUUCUAGAUCUUGUGCAUUCCCCAGUGUGUUCUGAGCACACCUGAAAUCCAAGAUCUUUUAAAAAACAAGUUAAGACCUCCUCUUCUCCUCCACUGAGGAGAGCCUGUUACAGUUGCUUUCAAAGCUGUUACUUAUAGCAAAAGUGGUAAAACCCAACAAAUUAUAAUUGCAAAUACAACAGUUUCCAAUAACAGGUUCAAAGGAAUGCGGUUCAUUUCAAAAUUGAGCCCUGGUCCCUCAGCCAAAACGCCAAUUUGUCAAAAUAAAGUUCAACCCCCAGAGUGAACAUAAAGUAUGAACUCCCCCACAGCCAGGCCCAUCCCUCUUUCCCCAGGAAGAUGCUGGCAUUUUGGGGAAAGAGAACAGGACAAGCCCUGCCUUGAGGCAGGGACGUUUGAGCAUCAGUAUUUUAUUGCAAAGACUAAUUACAUUGCUGUGUACAAGUCACACCGGGCAGUGUGCUCCUUCAUUGAAGUGGUACAAAAUACACAGGGUACAGCCAGUCCGCCCGCUGGGAGGGGAGGGGACAGUCCCAGGGUGGGCAGGCACGGAGCAGAGGGGUGGUGCUGGUGCCCAGGGGAAGGGGCUUUGGGCAGGGGGGAGGCAGGAGGCUGCCCGUGCGUCAGGGAGCCACGAGCUCCCAUCAUGUGCAUCAUGGGCAGCGCUGGGGCUGGAGGAGCUCCGUGCCAGCCACGCUCACACCCAAGCAGCCUCUUCCUCACCAGCCCCUGGAGGGUGCUCCCUGUCCUGGAGCAGGGGAAGGCACCACAACCAUCUGGGAACGCUGACGGGUGGGAAACGGAAAAGAUCUGCUGGAAUGACGAGCUUAAAAAACAGAGACGGAGGCAGGAGCAACAAAAGGUCCCCCUUUGGUUAGUGUUUCCUACAAUGGUUAAAACAGGCAUCUCUGCCCCUGCUCGAGCAAUUAGUGGUAGAGAAUUUGGGAGGGGGGGCUGGCAGGGUCUGCACCCUAUGAGCACAGCAAUGCUGCUGCUGCCAGCAUCCCUCCCAGCAGCCUUAAAUACCAGGGGGACACAGGACAGGGACUGGGCUGCGGGGCAGGGGAAGGCUGGAUUAGUAAAAUGUACAAGUUUACCUCUUCUAUUUACAACCAAUAAAUACUGGAAAAAAAAA